CCAGUAUGACUGUUUGCAGAGUGAGAUAAACAGCUGUAAAGUGACACAAUAUCUCGUGUUUCACGGUCACGCUGAACAUUUAAAAAAUCCACAUAUGGUAUCAGAGAAAUAAAACUUCUAAAUUGCAUAUGUGACGCAAAAACUUCAUUCAAACUGACCUCACCUUCAUGCAGACUUUGCGUCUUUGGGCGUGACUGCAUUUACGUUUUUUAAGAGACGAGUCGCUGCGGCAAAGGCUGCAGCAACACGCAAGGCUGGCGGGAAGCGUGGCACCAAGCCAGGGCGGAGGCGUGGACGGGGACGGGUGCCAAGAUGUGGCCUCAGUGCCUCACUGCGACCCUCGCCUGCCCACUUCUCUUCCUCAGGUGUCCCUCGACUCUCUGCCGCCCGCACUCAAAAGCUACGACCAUUAAAAAGUACAAAGUCAAACAGUGCAACAUUAUUCACUCACAACGACCACUGGAAUGAGUUUAUGCAUGACCACUAAAGGAGUGCAACGGAACACUACUGCGUGAAGGGAUGAGUUACGUAUGGGACGUGUAGUGCAUUCCUUAACCCCCAAGUGUUGGUGAGAGAGCCAGCCCGGCCCCGAUCAUGCCGCCCUACAAGCCCGUCCACACGUUGCGGGCCUUCGCCAAGGACAAGGUGCUGUACAACGUGUGUGCCGUCAUACUAGACGAAAUAUACUUCGGCCAAGACGAAAACUGGCAGGUCUAUGGAGCGACCUUGUCCGUGCGGCUGGGCGUCGUGCGGGAUGUUGUGACGGGCGCCCUCACGCCCUCCCUCCUGGAGGACAUACUCAACACCAUCCUGUCCCGGGACGAGGCGGUGGAAGCUGUGGUGAGGUACCUGGCCAUUCAACUGCUGCUGGUGGAGGGCGUGCGGAGUGUAAACAUUGGUAACUUCCCUGAGGCUUACCACACGCUGGUGCUACACGCCGUGGCCAAGAACGGCACAGGCAUACACAAUCUCGACCUGCGCGGCCUGUGGGUGAAGGGCGAACACAAAAACGCCCUCCUGAGAGUGCUGAGGAGACUGUCGGACAUCAGGAGGCUGACUCUGCGCUACACGUGUGACGACGACAUGCUGGCUACACUGGGCAAGUACAGCGAAAACCUGCAGAAGCUGGACAUCUCAGGCUCCCACGCCAUCACGGAGGAGGGAGUCAGGAAGCUGUGUGAAUAUCCCUCCCGUGUGGUCAUGAACAAACUGUCGGACACUCUACAGAUCGUGGACCUGGGCGGGCCGGGCUCCAGGGGACUGCCGCCCUCCUACGCCACCCACCUGUUACUCCACCUGCCGCAGCUGAUCAGCCUGGGCUCCUACGAGCACACCGCCACCGCCGUUGACCUGGCUCUUCAGAGUCGCCCGGAUAAGAAGUUUGGGCUGCGGUACAUGCAUGACCAGAUCGUUUCACACAAGCGGUUCAUGUCCGUGGUGAGCGGGUGUCCCAGACUCACGUCUGUGUACUUUGACUGUCCCAAAGACAAAGUUGUCCACAACCUGGACCAACUCAAGGAGCUAAGAGAGAUCAAGAUGAACAAAGUGAGGUGGAGCGACGUGGUGGUCCUGCUGCAGAAGAUGGGCGGCCGCGUCAGGAGUCUGUUCCUGCUGUCCGUGUUCGGGCAGCUGGACCUGGUGGAGCUGGGCAGACUGUGUCCUCGGCUGCUGCGGCUGGAGGUGCACAGCGCCAUGCUGCUGUGCUCAGAGGACACCCACGACACCGCCUUGCGCCAAGUGCGGGAACUGUUCAUCUAUACCAACAACAUCAGCCUGUCCUGCGUGAAGCUGCUGCUCAACCAGUGUUUGGAGGUGGAACACUUCGCCAUGGGGAACUGCGGCAUCCUUACUGACGGUCUGCUGCACGCCAGCCUGCUGCAGAACUCCCUCCGCCACGUGCGCCACAUUUGGUUCGGCAUGGCGGAGCACCUCACCGUGCAGGCGCUGCAGUUACUGCUGGAGCACUGCCCGCAGCUCACCAGUCUGGGGAACCUGGCUGCCUGGGACGUGCGCCCCGAACACAUCGACCUGCUGCGGGUGGAGAUAUUCCUCACCAACCGUGACCUCACCCUGCACGAGGUGGGCCCGCAGGACUCCGAGGAGUGGGUGCCCAUCCUGGUGGUGUGACUCCCCGCGGCGCCCCUCCCCACACCCCUUCCGAUUAAUGCUGUGACGGAAAAUAAAGCUUAUUUUUCAGUC